GGCGCGCGCCGCGGCGUCUUGCAGGGAGCGCGCUUUUAUUGGAGGACAGGACGAUGCGGUUGUCUCUGCGCAUCCUCUCCGGGCUCCUCAUCUGCAACCCGGGCUGCGCCUCCUGACUCUGCCCCCGCCGUUAACAAACACAAACACACACACACACACACACACACACACGCACGCACACAUCAGGUCACACCACUUCUUUUUGCACGACUCAUCCCCGCGUCACCGUGUCUCCGGCGCAGAGGGAGGCCUGCACGCUGAUGUCUGCGCUUCACAGCUGCGGUGCUUGAUGCGGUUUUGGUCAUGGCGCAGCCGAGGAAGCCCGGAGAUACUCGGCUUGGAUGAAGGACGCGUUGCGCAUCGCUUAAACCGGGAGGUCUCUAAACUUCCCCUGCAGAGAGGAAACCCAGAAUCUAGAUCUUCAAGGAGACGGUUUGUUGCCAAAUAUGAUCUGAGUUGUCAAUCCUGAACUCUCAGUUGGCCCGGGACGCGCAGGCACAAUCAUCAAGGCCCCCGCUGGAGGUCCCUGAACCUCACUUUGGGCACCACCCUUCCUGAAAAAGACUAAUCCUCGCCUCUUUUCCGGCGUGUUCGCGUGUUUAUUUGUUUGCUGCUACGUUAUUUGGAGGUGUAAACAGCACCAGCACCAGCAGCAGCAGCCAUGAUGGAUGCAGCGGAGUGCGGGGUGAGAGUGAUGUGCCGCUUCAGGCCGCUGAACGAGGCCGAAAUCAACAGAGGAGACAAAUACAUCCCCAAAUUCAAAGAGGACGACACCGUGGUCAUAACGGGGAAGCCGUAUGUGUUCGACCGCGUGCUGCCACCCAACACGUCACAGGAGGGAGUGUACGACCAGUGUGCCAAACAGAUCGUCAAAGAUGUGUUGGGCGGCUACAAUGGGACCAUCUUCGCCUACGGACAGACGUCCUCUGGGAAGACACACACCAUGGAGGGCAAACUGCACGACCCGCAGCUGAUGGGAAUCAUCCCUCGCAUUGCCCAUGACAUCUUUGACCACAUCUACUCCAUGGACGAGAACCUCGAGUUUCACAUUAAGGUCUCCUAUUUCGAGAUCUACCUGGACAAGAUCAGAGACCUGCUGGACGUGUCAAAGACGAACCUCGCUGUGCAUGAAGACAAACACAGAGUGCCCUACGUCAAGGGUUGCACCGAGCGUUUUGUGUCCAGUCCCGAGGAGGUGAUGGAUGUCAUCGACGAGGGCAAAGCCAACCGGCACGUUGCAGUGACUAACAUGAAUGAGCACAGCUCUCGCAGCCACAGCAUCUUCCUCAUCAACAUCAAGCAGGAAAACAUCGAGACAGAGAAGAAGCUGUCGGGGAAGCUCUACCUGGUCGACUUGGCCGGCAGCGAGAAGGUCAGUAAGACAGGAGCAGAGGGAGCGGUGCUGGAUGAAGCGAAGAACAUCAACAAGUCUCUGUCGGCGCUGGGAAACGUCAUCUCAGCUCUGGCUGAGGGAACAAAAACUCACGUGCCGUAUCGAGACAGCAAGAUGACUCGGAUCCUGCAGGACUCUCUGGGAGGAAACUGUCGCACCACCAUCAUCAUCUGCUGCUCGCCGUCCGUCUACAACGAAGCCGAGACCAAGUCCACACUCAUGUUUGGACAGAGAGCCAAGACCAUCAAGAACACGGUGUCGGUGAACCUGGAGCUGACGGCCGAGGAGUGGAAGAAGAAGUAUGAGAAGGAGAAGGAGAAGAACAAGAGCCUGAAAAACGUCAUCCAGAGGCUCGAGGCUGAACUCAACCGCUGGAGGAACGGCGAAAACGUUCCUGAGGAGGAGCAGCAGAGCUCUAAGGAUCAGAAGAGCGUCGAGCCCAACGACAACACUCCCGUCAUCGACAACCUGCUGCCGGCCGGAGGAAGCAGCUCGGUGUCCGGCGAGGAGAGGAGCAAGUUCGAGGAGGACAUCACUAACCUGUACAAACAGCUGGACGACAAGGACGAUGAGAUCAACCAACACAGUCAGCUUGCUGAGAAACUGAAGGAGCAGAUGUUGGACCAGGAAGAGUUUCUGUGUGGGUCUUUUCAGCUGCUGGCGUCGACGCGGCGCGACUACGAGAAGAUCCAGGAGGAGCUGUGCCGGCUGCAGACGGAGAACGAGCUGGCCAAGGAGGAGGUGAAGGAGGUGCUGCAGGCUCUGGAGGAGCUGGCCGUCAACUACGACCAGAAGAGCCAGGAGGUGGAGGAGCGAGACCAAGCAAACCUGCAGCUGACGGAGGAGCUGCAGCACAAGACGGCGUUGCUGUCGGCGGUGCAGAGGGAGCUCGGUCAGCUGCAGGAGCUGAAUGGUCUGCAGAGGAAGAGAGCCGCCGAGGUCCUCAAUCUGCUGCUGCGUGACCUCAGCGACAUCGGCGCCCUCAUUGGGACCAGCGAUGUCAAGGCCACCACGUCCUCGGAGACAAAGGGGAACGGCUCGGCGGUGGAGGAGGAGUUCACGGUCGCUCGUCUCUACAUCAGCAAGAUGAAGUCGGAGGUCAAGUCUCUGGUCAAUCGCAGCAAGCAGCUGGAGAGCGCCCAGGCCGACGCCCACCGCAAGAUCCAGGCCAAUGAGAAGGAGCUGGCGUCCUGUCAGCUGCUCAUCUCCCAGCACCAGGCGAAGAUCAAAUCUCUGACCGAUUACAUGCAGAACAUGGAGCAGAAGAAGAGACAGCUGGAGGAAAGUCAGGACGCCCUGACCGAGGAGCUAGCCAAACUCCACGCUCAGGAGAAAAGACACGAGGUGUCAGGAGAAGAGAAGGAGAAGGAGGACAUCAGCAGACUGGACGGAGGCGAGGACAUUAAGAAGUCUCUGGAGGAGCAGCUGGAGAACCACAGGGAGGCUCAUCAGAAGCAGCUCAGCCGCCUCCGAGACGAGAUCGAAGACAAGCAGAGGAUGCUGGACGAGCUCACUGAUCUAAACCAGGGUCUGUUGUUGGAGCAGGAGAGACUCAUGUCAGACUACGACAAACUGAAGGCUGAAGAACAAGAGAAGGAUGCAAAGCUACAAAAACUCAUGCUGCUGAAUGAACAGAGCGAGCAGGCCAGGGAGGACUUGAAGGGCCUGGAGGAGACUGUGGCCAAAGAGCUGCAGACUCUGCACAACCUGCGUAAGCUCUUCGUUCAGGACCUCAACACACGGGUGAAGAAGAGUGCAGAGCUCGACUGUGAGGAGGGACUUGGCAACGUUGCCCAGAAACAGAAGAUUUCCUUCCUGGAGAAUAACUUGGAACAGCUCACCAAGGUCCACAAGCAGCUGGUCCGAGACAACGCAGACCUUCGCUGCGAGCUGCCCAAGCUGGAGAAGCGUCUCCGUGCCACCGCAGAGCGAGUCAAAGCCCUGGAGAACGCUCUGAAGGAGGCCAAGGAGUCCUCCAUGAGGGACCGCAAGCGCUACCAGCAGGAGGUGGACCGCAUCAAAGAAGCGGUCCGGGCCAAGAACAUGGCCAGGAGAGGAUACUCACAGAUUGCUAAACCCAUCCGGCCGGGGCAUCAUUCACUGUCAUCCCCCAUCAGCAGCUCCAUCAGAGCUGGAGGCGUCCACACCCACAACAACUGAAACCACAACAGCAAGUUAAUCCUACAGACCAUGAGCAACUCAACGCAUGCCCACCACCCCAACUGGAACCACAAGCCCCGCCCCUCCUUUUGGAGCACCAAUCGGAGGCCAUCACGACAGACUGUCAUCGCUCUGAGAAGCAACAUCCAAACAUACUGUACAUAUUGAUAUGAGAUGUGAACAUAUUUAAUUUGCUGGAUGUAGAUAUCAGAGGCCUCAUUUAUAAAACGUACGGCUUUACAGUAAAUUGUGCUUUUCGGGAAAAAUGAUCAAUCAGUACAAUCGAUCAGAUCCAAUUUUCUGUGAUUGUUUCAUUUGUAGUCAUAAUUAUGCAACAGAAUAAAGUGUAACAUUUAUAAAUGAGGCCCUGAGUUUAUUAAGGUUAAGACAUGAAUAAGAGGUGGUGAGAAUCAAGGCCACAAGUUUAGAAGGUGACCUGUCGACGAUAUUUUGUUUAUGAUUUACGAUUGCGACUGUUUGUUACUGCUUUCCGAUGCUUGAAGAGCCAGUUAGAGCAGAUGGACCUGUAGAUUUAUAAUUUAAUCUUAAACCAGCAUUUAAGCAUAUAAAAAUUUCACUUUUUUGGGAUUAACAGUCAAUGCCUUUGCAGCUUACGCAGGGCCUCUGCGAUUAAAGCUCGUGUUAUGAAUAAUUUUAAAAAUGAAAUGCAGUCAGCUCCUACAGACAAAAAGUCACGCUUGCAGCAAAAACAUACAGUCACAUGGCUUGUAAACUCUUAGUGUGAUUGGUCACGAAUGCCCCGGUUGCAUUACAGUACUAACAUCCUGUGUUGUCUUUGGAGUUUUUGUUUUCACAUUUUACCAUUUACCUGUUUUGGUGACAAUCUUAAAAAAAAAACAACAAACAAACGCUAGGAAGCUUGAAAAAGUUAGUGCUGAAAUAUUUUUCACUGAGAUGUAGAAGGUGAAAACUUUAACAGAAUGUGCUUCAAACAGCCAAAAAAGUCCUGAUUGUACUGUGUUUAUUUAACUGCAGAAGGCCUCUAAAAAAUUAUUAUUUGAAUUCCUGCGACAUAUAAGUUGAAGUUUUGUGACUCUUAACGCUGCAGGGACGCUGACCAGCCAAUCAGAUGUUCCCUGAACUAACAGAGCUGCACUACAGUCUGGUUUGGUUUGUUGUGUGAUGAUAGAAGACUGCAGCAGGAACAAAUACAAGUUUAGUUCUCUAAAAACUUCUCCUUAAACAGCCCUAAGAGUCUUGAAAUGUUCUGCACUGCACUCUGUAAAACUCUCGAUCAGCCAAUCAGAGCUUUUAAGAACACGGAGAUGCAGACAGAACAAUCUGAUUGGUUUAAAAAAAGUCUGUUUUUCACUCUGCCACACCUCGUGCCUUUGGAAACAUCUCAUCCAACAGAAUUAACAGACUUCCACUGAAUUACACUUUGUUUAGCAUCUUCUGAAUCAUGAUAUUAACACAUAGGUUUUGCAGAGUAACUUCCACUUCCUCUUUCCAAAUUUAAGGCAAAAGAUUGUAACUAAUGAGACAACUUUACCUGCUAAUCGAAGAUAUAUUCAGUGUCUGUGCUGCUUUCCUUUGGGCUGCCAGUUGAGCAUGUUUUUGAAUGUACAUUAUUAUCUCCUUUUGUUUAUGCAAGAUGACAUUUUCAGUAGCAACAAUUCCCACGAAGCUGCUUCGGGAUUGUUGCUUUUGUUCGCCCCCAGAAGUUGCCGAGGAGCGUCACAGCUCAGAGCCUGAUUAUCAGCUUCCCUGAUUUGACGUUUAAUUGUAAACCGGCUGCCAGCUGUUUGUUUAAUCGUGGCUGUUUUGACUGAGCAGGACAUGACGAAGAUGUGAAUGUAACUGCAUGGACUAGAGCUUGUGUUAAAGGCAUGCUCAGGGAGGACAAACUGAGGUGAUUUGUACACACUGUGCGCAUUUACCUCAUCAUCAUGUUAUUAUUUUUUUGUUUGUUUCCUUGUUUCUUUUGGCUGUGGCAUCAUAUCUCUAAAUAUACCUACAACUGAUGCAAUUAAAGCUAAUAAAGAUAUAUCUAUUUAACUUUCA